AUGUCUGGGAGAGGGAAGCAGGGCGGUAAGGCGCGUGCUAAAGCUAAGUCUCGCUCAUCCAGAGCAGGCCUGCAGUUUCCCGUGGGAAGAGUGCACCGUCUGCUUCGCAAGGGCAACUAUGCAGAGCGUAUUGGGGCUGGGGCCCCGGUGUACCUAGCGGCGGUGUUGGAGUACCUGACAGCUGAGAUCCUGGAGCUGGCGGGCAAUGCGGCCCGCGACAACAAGAAGACCCGCAUCAUCCCACGCCACCUGCAGUUGGCCGUCCGCAACGAUGAGGAGCUCAACAAGCUGCUUGGUGGUGUGACUAUCGCACAAGGUGGCGUCCUGCCCAAUAUCCAGGCCGUGUUGCUGCCCAAGAAGACGGAGAGCCAUCACCAUAAAGUCCAGUGCAAGUAA